GACGGCUCUGGCGCAGAUGUUUCAAACAAAAGGUUUUGAAAAACCCACGAAAAACCACUGAAAACUCUAUAAUGAACUAAUAAUAAGUGAAAAACAGUGAUAAAUUCCGUUGAUAAAAAAGUGAGUAUAGGUGCACGCUACACUGGUCGGACGGCGGCGCUCGGAGGCGGCGGUGCGGCUGUGCUGUGCCGCGCGGGGAGCCAUGAACGGCCCGGCCACGUUCGAGGGCCACCCGGACCGGUACGGCGGCCUGCUGGUCGACCUCCGCCACGAGACGGUGCUGCAGGCCGCCAGCUUCACCCAGCUGCUCGCAGCGUCUUUGGAAAAAUGGACAUCUGAAGGCAUUCGCGGAGUUUGGUUCCGUGUUGACAUCGAACACUCUGAAUUCGUCCCUGUUCUUGUGAAGCACGAGUUUGUGUACCACCACGCGCUGCGCGAGUUCGUGAUGCUGGUGCGGUGGCUGCCGCGCCACGAGUCCGACCAGAUCCCGCCGUACGCCCACUCGCUGGUGGGCGUGGGCGGCCUGGUGGUGGCCGAGGACGGUCAGCAGCUGCUCGUCGUCCGCGAGAAGUACUACAAACAGCCGCACUGGAAGCUGCCCGGCGGCUUCGUGGAGCCCGGCGAGGACCUGGCGGCCGCGGCGGCCCGCGAGGUGCUGGAGGAGACGGGCGUGCAGGCGCGCUUCAGCUCGCUGCUGGCGUUCCGGCACAUGCACGGCGCGGCGCACGGCUGCUCCGACCUCUACUUCAUCUGCGUGAUGCAGCCGCUCUCCACCGAGAUCCGCAUGUGCCCGCGCGAGCUGGCCGACUGCCGCUGGAUGCCGAUUGCUGAAUACGCCCGACACGCGGACGUUCAUGCGCUCAACAAGCUGUUCAUCAACAAGUACCUCGAGUCGCGGCGACACGGAGCCAGCCUGCAGCUCUGUCAGAUGCACAUCCCGGGCGUCAGCCGCGUUCAGAACGUGUUCACGAUCGGCGCGCGCGCUGACGACGCUGACGAGGUGAAGGGCGCGGCGGCCGCUCCGGUGCUGUGAGCGCUCUCCGGGCACGCCGCGCCCCCCUCUCCCGGCGGCCAAACCGGCCGUUAGUCAGGCGUCCCGUCACUCAGCGGUGCCGGUGCACCCGUGUCGGCCCGAUUGCCCGCGGCGGCGCCGGUACAGGCGUGCCAACAGUAGAGGGACGGCUGCCCGCGGCCCGUGCCGGCUGGACGCGAUGCGACCUGGGUGCACUGCCUUCCGCGCGCCGAGUCUCGCCCAGAUGUUCGCAUACCAAGUAUGCGGGCUUGCCGCCUUGUCAAACUCUCAGGUACCAACUGUUUCUAUCUGCCAGACGGUGGUGAAUUGUUGCAGCUGACUGGCUGAUGUGAUUGUACGCUCACAUUUUGGUGCAUGACGCUCCAUUUAUUUACCCGAUAUAGUUGUAUAGCUGUAUUGCGUUGAAACAUGGCUCUGUUUUAGCUAGCCAUAACUAUUCUGUCACGACAGUGAUUUCAAACAUGUUCUAGGGCUUGUAAUUUUGGAAGCUACGGCGACAAGCCAGCAUAACUCAGAGGCUGCCAUAUUUUUUGUCUCAAUUGUGUAAAUGUUACAGUUGGCCAGCGAAAUCACAAAUUUCGCGGAGCCACUAUAGUUCGUUUUUUUUUCCAAAGGACGCUGGCUCCAAGUUCAUUAUCGUAGCUCUCACGUGAGUUUUGGCAGCUUCGGCGUCUGGCUAAGAAUUUCUGACCGAAACAAACUUCUGUUUCAACUUUUGCACGGUAAAUACCCGGAAAUUGUGUCUUGAAAAAUUAACAUACUGUGAUGACGUCACUGGCGGUAGCAGGCACCCAAUGUCCGUUCGAUGGGACAAAGUGUCGACGAAUUUGGGGAAAACUUUGUUUUUCACUGUUGCCGAGGCUAUAAUCGAAUAAGGGGUUCCGUCCAUAGUAUUUAUACGUUACAUUGCAAUACAAGUUCGACAGCAUGACGUCACCACUGUUCUGAUAUCUAGUCCUAAAACGCACGUGUGGAAUUUAUCGGGAAGAAAUCACAUGUUAAAAUUAGUCGACGCUCAAUUUUCUCAGGUUUAGUGUUUGCCCGCUUUGCUCGCUAAAACACGUGCUUAUUCGAAAAACAUACUUGGAGCCAGAGUCCUUUUGAAAAAAACGAAUUAUAGUGAAUCUACGCAAUCAUAGCUAAUCAGCAAACUUACAAAGCCACGUGAAGCUGCGGAAUCCACAAACUCAUACUGGAAAACUCGAUGAGCUCGUGGAUCUACUAGUGUGUGUGUGGGGGGGGGGGGGCUCCGCGUACUUCAUAAUCCGCGGACUGUCGAUUCUUGUUGUUCAGUGAUACCGCGGAUUACAGCCUUUAGUCUGUCUUCUUACAGUCUCCUUAGUUGCCAGGGAUGGCGGCUAUCCAGUAAUGUGGUGCAUUUUGGCUGCAUAUAAAUUAAAACAGAGAA